CUUCCUGAAAGCAUUUAAACUGCAUCAGAAACUGCAAACACGCCUAAAGCUUGGAUUGUAGCACCACAUCCAGGAGUUCGUGGGAUUCGAGCGUGGAGCGUGCGCAGCAGCGCGGCUGUGCGCAGUGAGCCCAUCCCGGUCAGUCCGCUUUAAACGGGGUGAACCGAGGAGACGCGGGACAAUCCACCCUGCUCUAAUGACCCCAACCUUUAGCACACAUCGCUCAUAAAACCUCCAGGUAGCAGACGGUCUGCAGCCGUCGUCACGCCUCCAUUCAUUUACGUUACGUAAGUCUUUACGCACACGCACGUACGGAGUCGUGCAGGAAAGUUCGGUGCGGUCGGUUGCGGUGUUUCCAGCAGAACCUUGCUACAGAAGCUCGGACCUUUACGGUUUGUCAGGAUGGUUGUGCUUUCCAAGGAGUACGGCUAUGUGGUGUUAACCGGCGUCGCCAGCAUGAUCAUGGUUGGACAUUUGGCCGUUAAAGUCGGCAAAGCCCGGAAGAAGUACAACGUGCUCUAUCCUCGGAUGUACAGCGAUGACCCGGAGACUGGCCACAUUUUCAACUGUAUCCAGCGGGCGCAUCAGAACACCCUGGAGUUUUACCCCGCCUUCCUCUUCUGCCUGGCUGUCGGCGGGAUCCACUGUCCGCGUCUGACGAGUGGCCUUGGAGCCGUGUGGAUCGUCGGCAGGGAAGUGUACGCACAUGGCUACUCCACCGGCGAUCCUAAGAAGAGGAUGAGGGGAGCGUUUGGGAAUUUGGCUUUCUUUGGAAUGAUGCUGACCACGCUCAACUUCGGCCGGAACCUGCUGGGCUGGACCGGGCCGCAUAUGAGACACUUCGGCUGCGGCCAGUCUGCCUAAAGGCGGCGGAGGCGUCAGACCGGGCUCCCUCAGUCCUCCCCAGAACCACGGCCAUUAAAAACAUCGUGCAGACAGGACAGCUGACCUUUGACCAGACUAACAGCUCAGUCAGAAGUUCGUUGUUUUGUAGUCGAGCUGUUUCACUCAUGUGGCGUUCGUCCAGAUCAGCAUCACACACAGCAGCUCAAAGUAGAAUUAACGGUUGGUUCCAUGAGGAAAGUAGCCUUCGUUUGAUGGACUUAGUGAGAAAUGAUCACCUUCUAUUUUGCACUCAAGCUGAAAAAUGUAAUGUUUUGUACAAGAAGCGAUUAACUGACAGUGGUUAGAUCUGAUGCUUUUGUCAAUUAAACUUUUACAUUAUCCCAACCAUGAAUUAAGUUUUU